AUGAAGGCCGUGAUAUGGACCGGCGAUCGCGCCGAGCUCGUCAACAAUCGUCCAACUCCCCGAGUACGUCCAGGUUACUUACUCGUAUCUUGCGUGUCGAUAGGACUCAACCCUACAGACGCCAAAUCCAUCGCUACCCGCCGAUCAGCUGUCAACGGUCUCCUUGGUAGUGAUUUUGCUGGAGUAGUGUUGGAGAUUGGUCCAGAUGUCACCAAGGCAUUGAAGAAGGGUGACAGGGUCUGUGGCUUUGCCCACGGUUCAAACUUCAAUGAGCCAGAGGAUGGUGCAUGGGCUGAGAUCAUUGCUGUUGUCGGUGACUGCUGUAUCAAGAUCCCUGAAAAGUGGACCUUCGAAGAUGCUGCGACGAUCGGAGCAAGCGCAAUAACAUGUGGUCAGGGCCUUUUCCAGGAGAUGAAACUCAGGCUCCCAACUUCAAAGGAUUUUAUCUCUCGUGGUAUCACAGAGGACGAAAAAGAAUAUAUUUUGAUUUAUGGUGGAAGUUCAUCCGCCGGAACAUUGGCCAUCCAAUUCCUGACACUAGCCGGUUACACAGUUCUGACAACCUGCUCGCCGCGUAACUUUGAGCUUUGCGAAUCUCGCGGUGCUGAAGCCGUCUUCGAUUACCGCGAGCCUGACUGUGGCCAGAAAAUACGCGAGUACACCAAAGGCAAACUUAAGCUAGUCUUCGAUACUGUCGGUUCCAAGGAUGGUGUCAAGAUUUGCAUGGAAGCUCUUUCGAUAGAUCCUGGGGACGAUAAAAAGUAUGGAACGAUCCUCUUCAACAGCAUCCCUCGGACAGAUGUGAAACACAGUUUCAGUGUACUGGUAACAUUCGCUGGAGAGUCAUUCGACAAGUUUGGCAAGCAUUAUCCAGCAAGUAAGGAGAAUUUUCAAUUUGCGACAAUGUUCACCAGCUUGGUGGAGGACUUGAUUGAAAGAGACUUGGUGAAAAGCCAUCCUGUACAUCUGAUUGCGAAUGGCUUGGUGGGCAUGCUCCAGGAAGGUGUACCCCUCAUGAACCAGGCAAAGGUGACUGGCUUCAAGGUUGUUGCAAGGGUGGCGGACACUCCCUGA